CCGGAACUGACGUCACGGCGCGUGACGUACACCACGACAUGUCGUCCCCAGUCACCUCAAGACCCUCAUCCGUCACAACCCCCAAUGGCCACUUUAACAAGAUUUCCGGUGUUCCCUGCCCAGCGACCCCUACAAGAUAUACAGCCCCGGUCCAUAUUGACGUGGGCGGUGUCAUAUACACGUCAUCUCUUGAAACUCUCACGAGGUUUCCCGACUCGCGACUGGCGAAGAUGUUCAACGGAAGCAUCCCUAUCGUACUGGACAGCCUGAAGCAACACUACUUCAUCGACCGUGACGGCAAGAUGUUCCGCUACAUCCUCAACUACAUGCGCUGUCAAAGGUGUUGUCUUCCAGAAGACUUCACAGAGUGGGAGCAACUUCUUGAAGAAUCGCGAUUCUUCGAGCUCCAAGGAAUGGUUCGGGACAUUGAAGCUACGCGACGUAGCAAACAGCGUCCAGUGACACAGCCCGCACAGACGACGGACCAGACAAUCAUGCAAACAGUCCGUGAGAUCAAGUCGGAGCCCAGUUCGUCCGAGUUCUGUGACUGUAUUGCAGUAAGUAUCAGCCCUGACCUAGGGGAGAGAAUCUCGUUAAGUGCUGAGAGGGCGCUUUUGGAAGAAGUUUUCCCGGAACUUACGUCAGCGCUGAUGGAUACACGGAAUUCUGGUUGGAAUAUGGAGAACCAUUUUGUGAUUCGUUUUCCUCUCAAUGGAUUUUGUAAGCUCAAUUCUAUUCAGGUUAUCCAGAGGCUUUUAAACCACAAUUUCCAAGUAAUCGCCUCGACAGGCGGUGGCGUGGAGGGUCAGCAGUUCAGCGAGUACCUGUUCUGCCGGAACUGCAAGUCGCUACACUGAGACAGUCAUGUUAUGGAGAGGGACGGAACUUUAACUGACCAGUUGCUUUAUGAUCAGAAAUUCCACAUUAAUCCUGUGAAUGAAAGCUGCUGGCGACCCAUAUAACGCGAUCUUAUUCCGUUUCCGUGAGGGUGGAUUUCGGAUUAACUCAUGUAACAACGAACUGUGUCGUUGUCGACGUUAGCUGUAAGCGUCAUCUGAUGCCUAAGAACAAUUUGCAUUUGAUAGCAGAUUUCAACUUCCGCGCCACCAUGAUGGAAGUCAUCUACGGAUUAUUUCAGGGCCUUGAGACACUCGGAACAGCUCGCCGUAUCCCGUUCCCAUAUACCUCGGCCGCACUGGAGUAGUGAUAAUACUUUGCAGCCUAUUUACUGCCAGAUCCUUCCGCGUGAAGUUCGUCUGACUGUCAUGACCCUGGUUUGGAAUGCGAUCAUUUUAUCUUUGACAUAGAAAAAGUAUAUAUUUUGAUUUUUGAAGACGACAUUCAGUAAAACAUAAGCCAAAGCCAAAUUGUGGUUUGUCAUGUGACCGGCUCUACUUUCAAUAUGGAUUCCCCAGGUGUUAUGGUAUGUGAUUCAGGCGAACUAAGUGUCUACAGCAAACUACGAAACUAAAUGUACGGACCAUGCGGUCAGCUUUGUGUACAUGACGUGCAAGUAUAUAGUUCUGUGAUAUGAGAUUUCAAUGGACCUGACUUGUUGGCGUUCUCUGAGCGUUAUGCUUACCUUUCAGCUGUACCUAUGACAGUGCUAAAUGUUUCAAUCAUAUGUUUAGAGGUAUUUAUACUUUCGAUUAAUGGUGUUAAGUCGUACUACUAGGAGAUAUCUUAAACUGAUUCAUAUGUAUACACAUACUGCUUGAAUUAAUUCACUGUGUCAUGUGAUCACGUUAGUUAGGGGCAGCUACAGACUGGACCCAUGCCCUUGUUGCGCACGCUCGAUAUGCGCAGCAAAGGCAAGGAACUCGUUCAGGGACAGCCAGUAUGAAUGUCGUCCGCGCACUUUUAGUAGUAUUUGUGGUUAUGAGAUUUGACAAUUAUUGCAUCUAUUUCACACCUAAAAUGUAAAGUCAUUAUCAACUGCUGUUUGUUGAACUGUUCUUGGUAGAAAGCAUAUGUACAUAUAUUUAUGCUUUUUGUAUUAUCAUGUCUAUUUAUUCGGUGCCUGUUAUUGAAAUCUUGUAAGUGCCGGGGGAUUUGAACCUUGUAAUUAUGCAUGUUUUACAUUCUGUGAAAAACAGGACGAAUCCGUUACAAACUAACGGGAGUAAGUAUUCAGUAUGAUUCAGUUGGCUCAAUAACGUCUGUAUUUGUAUCAGGCUACUGUAUCAGGCUACUAUAUCAGGCUACUAUAUCAGGCUAUUUCUGAAAUCAUUAUCGUGAAUGAACAUGGAAGAAGUUCAAUAAUACUGUUUUAAGCCAAUCAAACACGUCGAUUUAGAUAUACUGUAUGUCAGACCAAGCCAAUCAAAAGCAAGAAUAUCAAUGAUAUAUUAGUUGGUCUGGUAAAAUAGGUUUGGAAAUUCCAUCUUUCUUCAGAGUGAGUGAGGUAGGUUUCACUCCACUGCGAACAGCAUUCUGGUCAUAUCACGGCUUCCCGCUUGGCCUGUGUGCGAAGAGCUCUGUAGAUUGUAAGACGUUACCGCUUUGGUAAGAACCACGAGCGUGGGUAUAGUGCAGACAAAUCAAGAACCCACGCCACGCCUUUGCCAUCCGUGCUCCUUUUCAGACUAUAUCUUUAGGUUUCAUUGCUAUAAGGGACGGCUGGCUGGCUAGGUGGUUGAGGGGUUCUCGCUCAUGGCUCAGUUUUAAACGUACGUUGGUGACGCUCAUUGCAAUCUAGGAUAGUGGUGGGAGGUGACUUAAUAUAUCUGGCUUCUAACUUGGCUGAUUGCAUUUCAUCAGUCAAUCAAUGUUCAUAAUGUCAAACGCGAGUUUGUCAAGUCCAUUAACUUGUCGCCUUCAUUAAAAUUAAUAUUACUGCACUGAUAAUGAAACAAAACCGUUAUCAUGACCAGUUAAUGUUUCUGGAAUAUUGCCAACAGCGGCGGUAAAAUCUCAUCACUCACUCACGAAGAAUAUAUUGGUAAAUAUCACGAGCUUAUUAUAUAAGUAAACAUUUUGUAGAGGGAAUAUCGCUGUGACUCAUCACAGAAUACAUUUUGUAUGUAAAUCUAUAUAUUUUCGGUGUUUAGCACAGAAUGGUUGAACACAGUGUGUGCACCAUCUUCGAUUAUCAAGGGUAUUUUACCUCCAUCCGAGUAUGAACCUUGAACGGAGGUACGAUACACUAGCUACUGGAGGGUGUGCUGGUACAGGG